AUCGUCUUCGCAAAGAAACACUUGAUAUAUUCCCUGAUCGUGAUUAUCAUCCAACUUUAGAUCAAAUUGAACAAUUGAAAUUUUUAGAUUGUACCGUUAAGGAAAUUUUAAGAUUCAUGCCGCCUGUGCCUGUACUCGCUCGUGUUAAUACAAAAGAUGAAAUGUUUAAUGGUUACUUUAUUCCAAAGAACACACCAUUGAUUAUCUCAGUCUACGCAAUCCAUCAUGAUCCCUUAAUUUGGGGCGAUGAUGCUGAAUAUUUUAACCCAUCUCG